UCACGGAGUCCCGGGACAGCCCCCGCCCAGGGACUCUCCUCCAUGGCCCCCUCCAUCCGCCUGUCGCCCGCCGCCCGCAGCCUCUUCGAUGAGCCGCUGGCCAUCGCCGUGCAGGGCCUCGGCCCGCGGCAGCAGGUCACGCUGCGAACGUCCUUGCGGGACGAGACCGGAGAGCUCUUCCAGGCCAGCGCCCGCUACCAGGCGGGCGACGACGGGGAGCUGGACCUCGCCCGCUGUCCUGCGCUGCCGGGAGGCAGCUUCUCCGGCCUGGAGCCCAUGGGGCUGCUCUGGGCUUUGCAGCCCCAGAAGCCUUUCUGGCGGCUGGUAAAGCGGGACGUGCAGAGCCCCUUCCUCCUGCAGCUGGAGGUGUUCGAGGGCCACGGAGAACGUCCCGGGCAGCUCCUGGCCCAGGCGCAGCACGAGCGGGCGUUCCUGCGGGACGGGGUGCGGAGAGUCCCGGUGCGAGAAGGGAGGAUCCGGGCGACGCUUUUCCUGCCCCCCGGAAGUGGCCCCUUUCCAGGAAUUCUUGACUUGUAUGGAACUGGAGGAGGACUCCCUGAAUACAGGGCAUGCCUGCUGGCCAACCAUGGCUUUGCUGUGCUGGCUCUGGCUUUCUACAGCUAUGAAGAUCUCCCCAAAGGGAUGAAGGAAAUCCACCUGGAAUAUUUUGAAGAAGCUGUAAACUAUAUGUUACAACACACCCAGGUUAAAGGUCCAGGAAUUGGUUUGCUUGGACACUCGAAGGGGGGUGACCUGUGCAUCUCCAUGGCCUCCUUCCUGAAGGGCAUCACAGCCACUGCCCUCAUCAAUGGCUCGGUGGCAAAUGUGGGUGCAGUGCUCCACUACAAGGACAUCACCAUCCCACCCCUUGGUAGCAAUCUAAAACGCGCCAAGAUCAACAAAUCCGGGAUUGCUGAUAUUAUUGAUGUACUCAACAACCCACUAGAAGGGCCUGACCAGCAAAGCUUUAUCCCUUUGGAGAAGGCUGAGUGUUGCUUCUUGUUCAUUGUUGGCCAGGAUGAUCACAACUGGAAAAGUGAAUUCUUUGCAGUUGAGGGGAGCAAACGUUUGCAGGCUCAUGGGAAAGAAAAGCCUGAGAUAGUCUGUUAUCCUGGAGCAGGGCACUACAUUGAACCUCCCUUUUUCCCAAUGUGUGCAGCCUCAAUGCACCUGCUAUUUGGCAAGCCUGUGAUGUGGGGAGGGGAGCCCAAGGCACACUGUGAGGCACAGAUAGAUGCCUGGCAGCAGAUCCAAGCUUUCUUUCGUAAACACCUCACAGGCAAGCCAUCUGAAACACCCAGUAAGCUCUGAUAGGAAUUAGGUUACUAUACAGAUGAAGAUGCUGGUUUUGUUAAAUUGUUUUGUUAAAAGGUUCAGAAUGAGAACAAGGAACAUCAGAGAAUAAGCUAUUAUUUCUUGGAGGAUGAUGGUGGGUGAAA